CGCCCGGAAAUUGCAACUGCAAGAAAGCCGACCUCGGAAAUUCAGCGGGAGGUCAACAACAUUUUCAUGGCGGAUUCCUGCCAAAAAUCAAAAUUGAGGACGCAGAGCGCGAGUCACCACCUUCCCAACGCCUGACUACUUUCUCUCUCUCUCUCUAGGAGUUUUGGUCUUGUUCAAUAGAGCACUCGCACUGUAUCGGAAAAUCUUCAGUGACGAGGAUGGGAGAUGGCAUUCUCAGCUCCGGCAGAGGCAACAGCAGCAGCAACAGGCCGGAGUGGCUUCAACAGUACGAUCUGAUCGGCAAGAUCGGCGAGGGGACGUACGGCCUCGUUUUCCUCGCCCGAAUCAAACCUCCUUCCGCCAAUCGCGGCAAGUUCAUCGCCAUCAAGAAGUUCAAGCAGUCCAAAGACGGCGACGGCGUCUCGCCCACCGCCAUCCGCGAAAUCAUGUUGCUUCGUGAAAUUUCACAUGAGAAUGUUGUGAAGCUCGUGAAUGUUCACAUUAAUCCCGUGGAUAUGUCGUUGUAUCUGGCUUUUGAUUUCGCCGAGCAUGAUCUUUAUGAAAUUAUCAGACAUCACAGAGACAAGGUUAACCAGUCCAUCAAUCCUUACACAGUUAAGUCAUUGCUUUGGCAGCUGCUUAAUGGACUGAAUUAUCUCCACAGUAAUUGGAUCAUACAUCGAGACCUAAAGCCAUCAAAUAUUUUGGUCAUGGGUGAAGGAGAGGAGCAAGGCGUCGUGAAAAUUGCGGACUUUGGACUUGCCAGGGUAUACCAAGCUCCUUUGAAGCCAUUAUCUGAAAAUGGGGUUGUGGUAACUAUCUGGUAUCGGGCACCAGAAUUGCUGCUUGGUGCAAAGCACUAUACAAGUGCUGUUGAUAUGUGGGCUGUCGGAUGCAUUUUUGCUGAGCUUUUGACCUUGAAGCCAUUGUUUCAAGGUCAAGAAGCGAAAGGCAAUCCUAAUCCUUUCCAAGGUGAUCAACUUGACAAGAUUUUCAAGGUCUUGGGCCAUCCAACGCAAGAGAAAUGGCCUAUGCUUGUGAAUCUGCCACAUUGGCAAUCAGAUUUGCAACAUAUUCAGAGACGCAAGUAUGAUGACAAUGCACUUGGUAGUGUUGUACGUCUCUCUAGCAAAAGCCCUGCAUAUGAACUCCUAUCAAAGAUGCUAGAGUAUGAUCCUCAGAAGCGUAUAACAGCAGCUCAAGCCUUGGAACAUGAGUAUUUUCGAAUUGAACCUCUUCCUGGGCGUAAUGCACUUGUACCCAGCACUCCUGGAGAUAGAGUGAAUUAUCCUACUCGUCCUGUAGAUACGUCUACAGAUAUUGAGGGGACAACUAGUCUUCAACCUUCCCAAUCGGCAUCAUCUGGAAAUGCUGUUGCUGGAAAUAUGGCCGGUGCUCACAUUGUGACAAAUAGGUCCAUGCCUCGUCCUAUGCAUAUGGGCGGUAUGCAAAGGAUGCAAGCUCCAGGAAUGACUGGUUACAAUGUGAAUCCUAAUGCCAUGGGCGGUGGAAUGAAUCCUGCUGGCAUCCCAAUGCAGCGUGGUGUUGCGAACCAGGCCCAACAACAACAGCUGUCUCGAAGGAAGGACCCAGGAAUGGGAAUGGCUGGAUACCCUCCGCAACAGAAAUCAAGGCGCUUCUAAGAGAUCCAAUAUACCGCAAGAAUUCGAGAUCUUUCAGACGUUAUGCUUACUCUAGUGAUACUGGCUAUAGCAUCGUGCCUGCUCUCAGCGCCAAGAUGUGAAGAACUAGACCGCAUCUCGAGGAUGGAAGGGGAACUAUUGACUUCAUUAAUGGGCUCAUCUUCUGGGGACUUGGGGCUUCUUCUCCAUGGGCUCUUUGUCAUCGGCAGGAGGGAAUACUACACGGACGUUCUGCUAAAUGCACUAGAAGUUGCUGCGGAUUCACAGUGAUAGAUUUAGAUGGAGAAAUGGAUUCCGGCAUCGUAGCAUUCACAAACUUAAGGAAUUUCCCUUAUUAUUUGCUGAAGUAAUUACUUGCUCUUCCAAA